GCGGCCGGCCGCUCACUGUGGCUCGGGCUCUCGCCGUCGCAACACUACGCAAUCGCUCGGCCCCUCGGCGCGCUCGAUCAGCUGUCCGCGACGCGCGACACUCGCACGACUCGACGCAGAGCAGAGGAGUCCAGAUUAAGCCGCAGUGCGGUGUGCCAUGGAGCUGCUGUGUGCGGAGCGCGUGAGCCCCGGGAGCGGCGAGGGCGCGCGGGCCGGGCCGGCGCUUGCGCCGCCCGCCGCCGCCGUCGACCCGGUGCUGCUGCGCCGCCGCGUGCUCGACAACCUGUUGCGCACCGAGGAGCGCUACGCCGUCACGGCCAACUACUUCGGCACCGUGCAGACCGAGAUCACGCCCCACAUGCGCCGAAUCGUCGCCGAGUGGAUGCUUGAGGUGUGUGAAGACCACAGCUGCCAAGAAGAGGUGUUCCCAUUGGCGAUGUCCUACUUGGAUAGGUUUCUAAGCACGUGUAGAAUUGGCAAGAGCCAGUUACAACUCCUGGGAACCGCGUGUCUUCUGCUUGCUUCGAAGCUACGGGAGCCAAGUUCGAGGGGACUUCCGGCGGACUUGUUGGUCUUCUACACUGCCAAUAGCAUCACGCUCACGGAUCUCUGUAGCUGGGAGUUGCUGGUGCUGUCCAAAUUGAAGUGGGAUGUCGCGGGAGUGACUGCGCACGACUUCUUGCCGCUACUGCUUUCUCGACUGCCGCUACGGGGGCGUGUUAACACGGAGAUGGUUCAUAGGCAUGCUCAGACCUUCAUCUCGCUUGCUGCCAGAGAUUAUGAAUUUACCUUGUACUCGGCGAGCACAUUGGCUUCCUGUAGCAUCGCUGCUGCACUACGAGGCUUGAGUCGUGAUGGGCAUCUGUCUCGCCUGCAGGAACUAACUGGGAUAGAUUUGGAUUGCCUCCAAACAUGCCUGGAACAGAUAGAAGAAAUGGUGCAGAAUGUGAUUGCUGAGCGCGGCAUCUCAGCUCCAAACGGUCAAGGGAGGGAGCAGGCGGGGUGGACACCCCCUCCCACGCAGGACAAGGCUCACAGUAAUGCCGCCACCCCUACAGACGUAAGGGAUGUACAUUUCUAACGUCACAACGGUCAUUCGUUGCCCAGUGACGUGAACAGACCCAAGUGACGAACUUUGCUUUAAUUGCGGUGCGUUAGUACGAGAAUACUUUAAACUAGAAGAUUAAGUUAGACGGUGCAUCCGUGAUCGAGGACUGAUAUUAAGACUGACAAUCGCAUGUGUUUAACGUUGGUAUAAGAAGCUUCACAUAAAGAGCACUGGUGGUAUUACCGUACGCUUGGCAAUUUUUAUAAUUACAUGUUAUUUUACUUUCGCAUGUGUUUGUAAAAAUUCUCGAAUGCGCUGGUUAAUUAUUAUGUGUCUUUUUUACGUGACGCGAGCUAUAUUACUUAUUGCACGUGUAGUCUAAGGAUUUAUGGACGUAGUUGUUAUAAUCGUAGGCCCUGCGUGCUACUUUUUAGCCUCUAGUCUUACUGGCAAAUAAGAUAUUACGACAGAGGCGUUGAACUGAAGGAUACAAAAUUGUUUUAUUAUAAGAAAUACAAUUAUAUCUUCCAGUUAGUUGAUAUCUUGAAAUUACAAUCUACCUCUUAAUUUUUAAGUUUCAGUUUUGCUUGACACAUCUGUUAUGAAACAAAUUGUUUUUUUUUAAUCAUAGUGAUAUCAAGCUACUUAUAUGGGACCAAAGUACCAUUUCUCCGAGUUGCUUAAUAUUUUGUGGUAGGAGAGCCGUUUCAGUUUCGCUUUACAAUAAAAUGUUUAUUAUUUCGCAUUUAAUUAUCCAGGUAACUUGGCCAUUUAUUUUUAAGAAAUCGAAGCAGAAAUUUAAAUGUACUAAAAAACUAUCUAUCAAUAAAAUAUUAUUUUUCAAUUUUCUUCUUACUUAGCAGACGAACAUUAUCCGUAUAUCGGGGGAAGGCAAUAAAAUACGCUUUUAUUAUGUAAAAACUUUAAUAUAGUAUGUAUAGUACCUAUAUCAAUCGUUAACAGAGACAAUUUAAUUAAAAAAUGACAAAAUCUGCACAAUUCUUCUGAUAUACACUUUAAAAUAUAUAUAUUAUUAUAAUGCUAUAACUGUAAUGACAAAAUUACCUUUGUAGGCACCUUGAGUAACAAUGUAGUAAGUAAAAGAGACGUCAAAGAUAUGGUCCAAUGGGCUGCAAGAGAAAACUAUCCGCGAGUGCUGUGUACUCAGAAUCUACGAAUCACUGAAAAGAGUAGAAUAAAUGCAUUUUUCUUCAGAUGUGACCCAUUUUCCUGUUAGCGGCGUCUAGUUUUUUUGACCACUCUAUAUAUGUAUAUGUAUAAAGUAGACAAAGGGCUAAUGUUUUUGUUUUGAAGAUUCUUUUUACAAUAAGUUAUUUAGGCAUUUCAUUUUGUUCCUUUAUGAUGAAUAUGUACCAACAUUUAUUUUAGCAUUUAAGCGCCUAACAUAGAAUGUGAUAGUGUUAGGAAAUAUAAUAUAAUUUCAAUUCAUAGUCACUUCCAGUCAUAAUAUGUUAACUUAGGGGUACUAUGUAGUUGGAAUGUAGAGGAAAAUAAGAAAAAAAAAUGUGAUUUUUGUAUCAUUGGUAAGUUAGAUUUAUAUUUAGUGAAUAUAAUUAUUAUUGUUCCUACAUCCUCUGAUAAUGAAAAAUGCAAUAGACUUGUUCCAUAGUUUUGUACUUAACUUUGUGUUACUAGGUACAGACAGACUAAAAAAAUUAACAUUAACUAAGUAAAUACAUUAUAAUAUUGUGAUAUAUUUUCCACAGAUAAUUACUAUUUUAUAGGACUUAAGUAAGGCAGGCGUUGAUAGUAGGUAUGUUAUAGAAAUAGUAAGUGUUAAAGCUAAAUGUAAGAUUUAUAAAAAUCGUUUAUUAGCUGUUUGCUCUGCAUUUAUCGUAAGUUGAAAUAUUUUUAUCAAGUAAUUGUCCAAUGUCUUCCAUUUCUAUAAUAUAUGUAUCGAAUAUAAUAAAUAAAAUAGCCUUUAAAACAAUGCUGACAACAUUAUAUCAUAUUCACUUAGAUAAAUUAAAUUAUAUUUAAUAUUUUUUCAUAUUGUCGUUAAAUUAAAGAUAAGUUGGUGCAAAUAGUACACAAAUUCUUAAGUAAAUUGACAGGUCUGAAAGUAGUGCUAUCCAAAACACUAAACAGUCAGCUCUAAAAGUAAUUCCAUCCUUUUCCUAAUGUGCACUGAUGAAAAAUAUGGCACAACUUUGCAUCUGUCGUUUUAGUGCAUAAAGGUGACCUACUACCGAAAAGUACCAACGUUUCCUGUGAGAAAUAGUAUAGACAUGUCAGUUUAGUUCAGUUUAAUUAUUUCUGAACGCCCGAAAGGUGCCACUGAUACUAAUUCGGAUGUUAUUGAUAGGUCUAAAACUAGUUCUGACCUCUUCACAAUCUUGCAUUUAGAAAUGGAUGGGAUAUUUUCAGUCAGGUUAAUUUAGUGUAGAUGUUUUUGCACAACCGAAACAGCACCAUUGACAUUGUAAAUAUAUAAAAUCUACAUAUGUACAUAUAAACUAUUAUGCUAUAAGCAUGUGGUGCCAUAGUAACACUACUAUAAAGGUAUUUUGUAAUAUAUUGUUUAUUAUUAACGCAAAUUGAAUUUCCAUUUACUUAUCUAGGACCAUAAAACAGAUGUUUACUAAUAGUUAGUACGGUUGUGGUAUUACUACCUAGAUAAAUAGAGCGUUCAAAUUUCGAUUCUAUUGUAAUAGACAUACAUAGUAUAUUUAACUGUAAAAAUAUAUGUGGGAAAAUAUACGCAUUAAAAAUAGUAUAUUUAAUGCUUACUUUGGCUUUGACUGGCUUUUUAAUAGGUUAAGAGAUACUGUUAUGCAAUUAGAGUAAUAUUUUAGGUACGCCGCCCUGGAAACCUGAAUUUUCCACCAUUGUAUAUAAUGUAAUAUGUAGAGAGCUAAAAAAACUCUCUGGCGAAGUGAUCUUUAUUUUGUUUUUUUUUUGUCGCUGAGUCGAUAUUUUUUUAUAUAAGAAACUAAAUUCUAAAGAUUUCAUGUUGACGCGAAGUUGCGUAAUUUUGAUUUUAUAUGUGAUUAUUAGUAGUAUAAGUAAUUACUAUCUGUAUUGUAUGGUCGUUGCAAAUUGAGAUGUAGAUAUUUAAAAACAAAAUCGCAAUAAAAAUAUAUAAAAUUA